CAAUUCAAUGAAAUUCAAACGUGUUUACAUCAUGAGCUGAACUUAACCGGUCAGCGAAGGUAGGUCUGCACUUAAGCUCAAAUUGAGUUCCAAUCAAAUUCGCUAGAUUUGUAUAUUUGGCUUGAAAAACGUUCGGUAGAAUCGGGCUCAAUUGUUCCUUUCUUCUAACAUCCAUUGAAUCGGAAAUAAACCUAUAUAACAGAUGUGACUGUUUCUUCACCAAGUUAUCACUCCUCUUAUAUUAAAUGCUCUUUUUACUGUGUGUGUGCGCUUGUUGGUCAUGGCGCUUUGCCCUUCACCUUACCGGUAAUAAUUCAAAACCAGCGUAUUCCUUCAACGCUGAAGCUUUAUAACGAAACACCAAAUUUUCAAUCUUUAUUUUGUAGAGUUUGUGAGUUGUGUCCACUUUUGAUAUCUAUUCAUAACACACUAGCAUGCGGACAGUCCUUCAUGGAAUUGAUCACAUCUCACGUUGAUUUCGUGAAUGUGGUUUCUUAUUAUUGAUGAAAUGGCUUACACUUAGGUAACCGUUUAAGUUUGACAAAUAUGUGGUCACUAUCCAACAACGGAAGUUGUUACUUUUACUAUAUAGCCCGCCAACCUUAAGCACGAAACCAAAUGGCACUGAAGUGUACGGAUCUUGUCGAUAUAUCUCAGACAAUCACCAGACAUCAACCAUCCUCUCCACAAAUGACUACAUGUGCGAAAACAACCGCCAACAUGUCAAACGAGCCACACAGAGAGACGCCCACCUCAAAGGAAUCCGGUCGAACUUACUCCAUUCUGAGGACGGACACUGAAACUGGCGACAUGGUCGAUUCAGCUCGGCCUUGGUCCUCUGAGGACGGCGAGACGGAUGUGCCGGUUUCAUUCAACUCCAACAAGCGUUCACACGGAGGCCCAUCCGCAACAAUCUGUGCGCGCAACUGUGUAUCCAACGAUGUAGCCGGCGAUCCGGUAUCCGUUGAUGACGAGAGCAGCGCAGCGUGUAUGAAAGGGAAAAUUAUUCGAUGUGUACAAAGGAAAGAGCAGCGAGAAGCUUCCGAAGAUACUGUUUACAGCGAGGAUCGCAAAGAGGCCACACUACUUCCUAGGACGGGAUCCAGGGCAUCAAGGAAGGAACAUGACGAUGAUGCGGUUGAUCAGCAUAGUGCUGGCGGUAGUUCAGUAGGUGCACCUAUAGUUAAGAAGAUUACCGCGAAUCGUGAUCUAGGUAGGUUUAGCGGCAACGUACAGUCGCACUCAGUGACCACCUCGUCUGCUUUGCGUGGCAAUCAGAUGUGUCCGGUUGAUUGGACAACGAACGAGUUACUCGAUCAUCAGAGAUGCCAGAGUUCCAGUGCGAUAUGCAAUAUGAAGUCAGAAGAUGGAAAAAUGCUUCCCUACAAAAGUGACACUCUUGCCUUUCGAGAAAGUCCCGAGUGCACUCAGCAUCAACAACGAAAGUACGAUUCACUAACACCGGAAAGAUCAUCCGAAUCGGGUGUGGGCGCCACUGACAGUAUGAAAGAACGCGGUGUUAAAAUGAGACUGCACAAAGGAUCAUGUCCUCGCGAUGAAGCCACACAGAGUCCGGAAAUGAGCAGUCAGUAUGUGUGCACAGACCGGGGUUCCACUUCCUCUUUUACCGCUGGGUCAAAUACACUGAAUUAUGAUACCUCGUUGCCACUCGAUGGAAACGCUGCAGUCACUUCAGGACAACAAUUAUCUCCUGCUUUCCAAGCAAAUUUUACUACUGGCUCGUCUGCGCACAGUUUGUUAAAUCCCUAUGGAUCCACACAUCAUUCAGAAGACAGUUACCGAGGGGAUUUCUGUGGAGGCCCAUUGGAUUGUCCCAUGAAGAUGGGUAGUUGCAUAUCACCCAUGUUGGCUGCUGCCGCUGUGGCAGCCCUAGCCGGGGGGCGUUUUAGUUCCACCUCCGCCACAAGCCAGUUCGACUCCCUGUUCACUUCACAGUCUUCUGGUAAGUUCUCGACGCAUUUAACUGAUUUCAACCUGAGGCCCGGUGAUCUAAGCUUAGUUGAACGUACGGCUACGGAUAGAUCACAGUCCAGAGGGGAUGCAGAACAGGACACACCACUGUCUCCGAUGCACGCUAUGUACAACACAUCCAAACUACUUUUUGGGAAUAUGUCAGGCGAUCGACUGACAGCUGAUACGCCAUCACCGCCUUCGUUGUCCGCUUCCGUCAGUCCCCGGAUCACAGAAUUAUGCAAACCGAGAGAUCUUUACGAUUCCAUGAUGCAGGAAGAUGAAGGAGAUGAGGAAGACGAGGGAGAAAACGACGAAGAAGCAGAAGAUAUGGAGAGUGCGGAACAGGAAACUAGUGGAACUGAGAUAACGGGAAAAACCGGUUCCGGACAACACUGGACAUUUGAGGAACAAUUUAAACAGCUUUAUGUUCUCUCGGAUGACCCUAAAAGAAAGGAAUUCUUGGACGAACUAUUCGCCUACAUGCAACGUCGAGGUACCCCUGUCAAUCGUAUUCCAAUCAUGGCCAAACAAGUUCUGGAUCUAUACGAACUGUUCCAUUUGGUAGUUGCUCGUGGAGGUCUAGUCGAAGUGAUUAACAAGAAAUUGUGGCGGGAAAUCACCAAAGGUCUUAGCCUCCCCUCAUCCAUCACCAGUGCUGCUUUCACCUUACGCACCCAAUACAUGAAGUAUUUGUACCCAUAUGAAUGCGACACACUGGGACUGAGUUCACCCAGUGAAUUGCAAGCAGCCAUCGAUGGGAACCGAAGGGAAGCACGCCGGUCUUCAUACAGUUUCGACUACUCUAUGAUUAUUAAUCCAUCCGGAAUGAAUAGGACUAUGUCACCAUCCAAUAUGAUGAAUAACCAGCCAUCCAACAUGGCCAUGAACCCGACAAUACCCGUGACCGCAAUGUUAUCCAAUCCCCGUCUCGCUGCCUCAACCUCGGUUCCUUCCAGUGGUGGAAGUCCAGACGUACUCCCAAGUAUAUCGCAUUUAUCUGGGAUGGCUUUGCCUUUCAGUGGAAGUGCCCUGGGUCUGACUGCGCAAGCGAUGCAUCCUAUGUUGGGCUUUUCCUCAGGAGCAGGUACUGGACUACCAAUUCAAGUACCGCCAAGUACAGUAACACACCAGUUAUCUUCCACGUCCCAUCAGUUGUUUCCACCGCAUUUCAUCCACCCAAUGGCAUCUACGGCUGGCUUUCCAUUUGGAUCAAGCAACAACCUACCGUCUUUGAUGUCUGGAGGUAUGGAAGAGAUUGCUAUCGGCUCGUCGUCCGCACACGCUACUAGUUGCCUGUUUCCAGGAAUUCCGAGCAGUCUCGCCGCAGCAGCGGCUACCUUAUUUGGCGCUGGCUUUCCAGCAAUUCCGGGAGCGUUUGUCUCGGGAAGUUCCCAGACACUGACAAGCGAAGAUCACGUGCCGGGGGCCGGGACUUGUUGUCGACCAUCACCAAGCAGUCAAACCAGGUCUGGCGAUGACCUAACUCAAUCAAAUGGGACACGGAAUCAAAUGUCGCAGUUGGGGGUCGGUUCGUUCACUGGUCCGUGCGCACAUCAACGAAUCGUCAGCCGUUCUCCAUCACCACUAAAUCUGGCGGCAAAUGAGGAAGAUCUGGACAACCAGUCCAACAAAAAUCAUUCACAGCAGCUAACCAAAUCGCCACAAGAAUGUGACAAUGCCGACAGGCGAGAGAAAAGGGUGUCCGAAGGAAGAAGAAACGACAGGAACACGGCCUCCUCCCCUGAUUCCACACGCAGGCACAAUAGACAAAUGAAAGAGGAAAACAAACAAAUUCGAGGGGACCCGAGUGAUACGACCAGUCGGCUGACGAACAUAAGUGAUACAGCCGUUGUACAAACCUCGAAGUGGAAUUAUCCAGUGAUAGGUGCGACCGGGACACAAUGUAGUCGAUUGUUGUUCGGCAGUGACGGAAAUGCUACGGCUUCGGACUGCGAAGAAUUUGUUGGCAAGUCAAUGACGCAGUUUCUGGCAGCUGCAACGAGUGGGACUUCGAACGGAAUGCUUUCGACGGAUGAUACGGGUGGCUCCAUGGUUAACUUUUCGCCCAGUUCAACAGCGCAGCACAACAAUGAAAACACUACUAACAGAGGAUUGCCUAGUUCGAGCUCAUCAACUAAACGACCGGUAGCACGGCCGCCAAGUGGAACCAGGUACGACUCACCUGCAGCGAAAAUUCCUCGAACAACACCCGCAGCUGCCUCUGCUCAGGAAACUUCUCCGAAGCGCUCCAUAUUUAACAAUGCGCAGACACGCAAACCGGGAGCCCUGGCACAGGAGAGUCGACGAGCAGGAGAGUCCAAUCCUAUUAAUAAUACCGCCAGAGACAAUUCUGGUAACAACGUGGGAAUCCAUGGAGCAUCUUUUUCAAUGAUGUCACAGAAUUUCAGGAUACAGGCGCAAUCGGGUGGACCAGUUGGACUCCCUCAAAAUGCCAUGGUUGUAACAAUGGAGAUUGGAAACGUGCUCUAUCAAGGUGUGCUGUUCGGGCAAAUAAGACGAUGAAUAUUCCUCUGGAGGCCAUCGAUAACAAGCGCGCCGUUUCACAGUAAAGCAGGCGAGCCUUAGCCUGGUUCAUGGAUAUAAUCUAUCUGUGAAAUUGUAUAUAUCCUUGUAAGCAAAAUCAACGCCUUUCGAGCGCCAACUGGGUCACCAGCUGCUAACCAAAACACUGGUAUCACGUGCCCAUCCUGUAUCAGAUGCAGACAAGCGCUGCCCAACUCUUUCCGACUUGUGCUUUAGUGUAAAUAGACCCAUAUCUUCCAU